ACCUUAUGUCUUCGAACAUCCACAAUCCUUUCUCUUCAGCCAUUCUGGCCCCAGUCACCUUCUCCCUACUCAACACCUCAUCUCUACUCCUAUCUGAUACUCGUCACAAUGUUUAGAAACGCCUUACGGCAGUCCAGCCGCACAGUUACGGCAGUUUCUGUCACAGGAAGGAUCGCAACGGUCCGAGCCGGUACCCCGAGCCCUUUGGCAUCUGUGUCAAAGCAAGUUCGUUCAUAUGCUGCCGAGGCCAAGGCUGCGCCUACUGAGGUAUCCUCUAUCCUCGAACAAAGGAUUCGUGGAGUCCAGGAGGAGGCCGGCCUUGCCGAGACUGGCAGAGUUCUAUCCGUUGGUGACGGUAUCGCUCGUGUUCAUGGAAUGACUAAUGUUCAGGCUGAAGAACUUGUCGAAUUCGCAUCCGGCGUGAAAGGAAUGUGCAUGAACUUGGAAGCUGGCCAAGUUGGUGUUGUUCUUUUCGGCUCCGAUCGUCUUGUCAAAGAAGGCGAAACUGUCAAACGAACCGGCGAGAUUGUUGACGUCCCUGUUGGUCCUGAAAUGCUGGGGCGUGUUGUUGAUGCUCUUGGUAAUCCAAUUGAUGGAAAAGGUCCCAUCAAGACUACUGAAAAACGUCGGGCUCAGCUCAAAGCGCCUGGCAUUUUGCCUCGCAAAUCAGUUAACCAACCUGUUCAGACCGGCCUUAAGAGUGUGGACUCCAUGGUUCCCAUUGGCCGUGGUCAGCGUGAGUUGAUCAUCGGUGAUCGUCAAACCGGAAAGACUGCUGUUGCCUUGGAUGCUAUGUUGAACCAGAAACGAUGGAACAACAGUUCUGAUGAAACCAAGAAGUUAUACUGUGUCUAUGUUGCUGUCGGUCAGAAACGCUCGACCGUUGCUCAGCUUGUUAAGACAUUGGAAGAGAAUGAUGCCAUGAAAUACUGUAUUGUUGUUGCUGCUACCGCUUCUGAGGCCGCUCCUCUUCAGUACAUUGCGCCCUUCACUGGUUGUGCUAUGGGUGAAUGGUUCCGUGAUAACGGAAGGCAUGCUUUGAUCAUCUAUGACGACUUGUCGAAACAAGCUGUUGCAUACCGUCAAAUGUCUCUCUUGCUCCGUCGACCCCCAGGUCGUGAAGCCUACCCUGGAGAUGUUUUCUAUCUUCACUCUCGGCUAUUGGAGCGCGCUGCCAAACUCAACGACAAACAUGGCGGCGGAUCCCUCACUGCGCUCCCUGUUAUCGAGACCCAGGGUGGUGACGUCUCAGCGUACAUCCCAACUAACGUCAUUUCUAUCACCGAUGGCCAGAUUUUCUUGGAGUCAGAAUUGUUCUACAAGGGUAUCCGACCUGCUAUUAACGUUGGGUUGUCUGUUUCCCGUGUCGGCUCGUCCGCCCAACUUAAGGCUAUGAAACAAGUCGCAGGCUCUCUGAAAUUGUUCUUGGCCCAGUAUCGUGAAGUCGCCGCUUUCGCUCAAUUCGGUUCUGACUUAGAUGCUUCAACUAAGCAGACUCUCAAUCGUGGUGAGCGCUUGACAGAAUUGCUUAAACAGAAACAAUAUUCUCCAAUGGCGGUGAACGAGAUGGUCCCCUUGAUCUACGCUGGCGUCAAUGGCCAUCUUGAUUCUAUCCCUGUCAAGAAGAUUUUGCAAUGGGAGGCUGAUUUCUUAGCCCACUUAAAGGCCAACGAGGCGGAGGUGCUGGAGAAGAUCGACAAGGAAGGGCAGCUCAGCAAGGACUUGGAGGCCCAACUCAAGGAUAUCAUCGUCGCAUUCAACAAGAGCUUCUCGUAAAAUGAUGUCAACCCGUUUUUCUCGAGUGUAUAGAAGGGUAGCUCAUGUACAAUCCUCAAACAAACUGUUUCUUUAGCUGACGCCUCGUACUUGACCAAAUUUCUAUCCUUGAAUGGUUUUCUUUUUGUAUUGUAGCAACCA